UCAGGCUCUGAGCGAGCGCUCGUAUACCCGAUCGCGCAUUCAAGGAUCACGAUUUUAACGGUGUAUGUGAAGGGGCGAAUAAGCGAAAGCGUUUGCGGGUUGUGCGCUGAACGGUGCUGGAUAGUGUUCGGGUUGCAUGCAUCUAACGACAGGGAUCAAUUAAACGAGGAAUGUGGGAUUUACAGAAUGCCCAACAGCGUUGGAAAAAGAUUUAAACCCACCAAAUACAUCCCGGUGUCCACUGCCGUCACACUCCUGGUGGGAUCCACUACUUUAUUCUUCGUUUUCACGUGUCCGUGGUUAACCAAGGACAUCUCCCCUGUUGUGCCUUUAUACAAUGGCAUCAUCUUCCUUUUUGUGUUGGGCAACUUCAGCAUGGCCACCUUCAUGGAUCCAGGAGUAUUCCCCAGAGCGGAUGAGGACGAGGAUAAAGAUGAUGAUUUCCGAGCACCGCUCUAUAAAAACGUGGAGAUAAAAGGAAUUCAGGUGCGGAUGAAGUGGUGUGCCACAUGCCACUUCUACAGACCUCCACGCUGCUCUCACUGCAGUGUGUGUGACAACUGCGUAGAGGACUUUGACCAUCACUGCCCAUGGGUGAAUAACUGCAUUGGCCGGAGGAAUUAUCGCUAUUUCUUCUUGUUUCUGCUGUCUCUAAGUGUUCACAUGGUGGGCGUAUUUUCCUUUGGCCUGCUGUUUGUGUUGCACCACCUCGAGAGGCUGAGUGCACUCCACACAACUGUGACUAUGGUGGUUAUGUGUGUGGCUGGACUGUUCUUCAUCCCGGUCGUGGGCCUCACUGGAUUUCACAUGGUUCUGGUGGCCCGAGGACGCACCACAAAUGAACAGGUGACAGGAAAGUUCAGAGGAGGAGUCAAUCCGUUCACUCGGGGUUGCUGUGGCAACGUGAAACAUGUUUUGUGCAGUCCGCUUGCUCCGAGAUACAUCGCUGAUCCCAGGAAGAAAACUCCCAUCACUAUCAAACCGCCAUUCCUCCGUCCUGACCUCUCUACCCGCCACAUCAGUGUAAAAGUCACUGACAAUGGUAUCCAUAGUAACAUCCUACGAACCAAAUCUAAGAUAAGUCUGGAUGGUGUGGAUAAUAAAGGUAUUGACACACAUCCACCUCUGCCACCCAAAGCAGAACGCUACAACCAACUCAAGAGUCAACUUACUUCGAGCGAAGAGAGUUCCCUGUCCAGCAAAACCACCAAUCCAUCCACCCCAGCCAUGUACAAAUACAGACCUUCCUUCGGCACCAUGCCCAAAGUGCACUAUCAUGCAACGGGAGAAAAGAUUGUAAUGCCUGAGAAUGGCAAGCACUCAGCAGUUUUAGAAGAGAGAGGUCAUGAUUAUCGUUCAGAGCCUAAUCUGGAUCUGCCGGACUACCGCGGAACUCCUCUCCAUCGAACAUACCAGUCCUCCCCGUUCCAGCUGGACUCUUUCAGCACGACCUCUCGUUCGAUCAGUCUUAAACAGGGAGUUAACAGGGCUGACCGUGUACCACUAGGGAGCAGCAAACCUGAAACUGUCACCUCCACCCCUCAAAAAGGAGUCUUUUCCCCUGGAACACUAUCCGGGCGCAAUGGUAGUCUUUCCUAUGACAGCCUGCUGACCACCAGUAUAACGCCCUCUGUGGGCGAGUGUGCUGCCCACCCUGGAGUGCCCUCCAUGGGGUUCCAUUCGCCCUACCUGCCCACUAAAAUGUGCCAUGUGCGAGGGCCCGAGCUUCAACGGCAUGCCGGCCCACCAUCCUACAGCCCUGUGCAUGUAGGAGCGAUGUACGGCCGGCAGUCACCACUUUCAAGAGACCAUGAGCGAGACCCCUCCCCAGUCCGCUACGACAACCUCUCCAAAACCAUUAUGGCCUCCAUCCAGGAGAGGAAAGAUCUUGAGGAGAGAGAGAAGCUCAUGCAUCGGCAAGCACCAGUGGCCUACGGCAAUGAUUCAGGUGUAUUUGACACCUGCACUGCAGCUGCCUAUGGACUCCCACCUGGGGCGUGCUACCCCGAUGGCCCCAAAGGACCCGGUUCCAGAGAGCCCACUCCACCUGUGUGUGGUUCUCGAGAUAACUUGAUGGGGGUUGGAAUGGUGGGAUACGCUCCCCGAACUCCUGUUCUUCGUUCUUCAGUCUCCUCGCUCGCAAGAGUGCCGAGAACAUCCACUACUUCCCUCCACACAGAUGGAGGCAAUCUGGGAAACAUGCAGGGCAGAACAGCCGAAUACCAAUAUCGCUCUCCGGUGCACCAAGCCCAUCACUCCCCAACCGUUGUACCCCUUUCCCCCUCAUACACGCAUCAGAAGGUCGCCUUCAUAAGUGCCCUGGAGAGGGCGGACUCCCCACAUCUGGGUACAAGAGAGGACAUGGGUCAAGGUAAAGUCAACGGACAACUAAAGGGCCAAGCACGUGACUGCCAUCUAGGGACACCUACUGGAACUCCACUGAGUCAAAAAAAUGUCAGAAAGGUCACAGGCGUGGGUGGAACUACAUAUGAGAUUUCCGUUUGAUGGACAACUCGAAGAGACUCUCCCUGAGGAAAAGCACUGCCAUAACAACAUCAUCUCCACUUGUGCUCAAGAAAAAAAGAGUUUCUCUUUCCUGAUAAUGUUCUUUAAAAUUAGACUCAAACUGACCAAUCUGGAGGCACACUGUCUCUGUGGCAGGUCUGAUCAGAGAAGAUUUUGCAUUGGCCCCUUCUUAGCUGAAGAGACGGCCCUGCAACUUUCCGUGUGGCCCCAUGUAAAAUACAACAAGAAUAGCAUUGUGCGUGUUUUUGUGUGUGUCAGUCAUCAGAGGACAAUACACACAUAAGACUGGUUUUCAAACUUAUAAUUGAAAUGUAAAAAAUACACCAAUAAGGGCUGAAUAUGUACAGUGUCUGUUAUUUGUAUAAAGGUCAAAGGUCACUUAUUGAAUGCAAAGGUGCUCAGUAUGCAGAUCUAUUUCUGCAGUAACUGGUCUCAGUAACCUUUCCACACACUUGAAUGUGGUUGUAUAUGUACAUGCCAGUAAAUUAAUUUUUACUAUAUUUUAAUAAUUAUACUGAUCUAACAAUCAGGGUUUUUCAUAAUUUCAUCUCAAAUACAUUUGCCAGUUAAUCUAUUUGGCUCCAAACCAACCAUAAGAGCACUUGUGUACUUUAAAAACCUUCACAAAAGUUUUAUUUUUUGAAUAUGGUGGUCAUUUGCUUAUUUUCUAAAGUGAAACCUUAAGCUGCCAUAGAAAUAAACUUGUAUGUAAUACAAAAAAAUAAAUAUAUAAAAAAACAUGAAAAACAAUUAUAAUUAAGUAUAAUAAUAAUUCAGUAUGUUGACUGGAUUUUGGCCAUUAUCCCCAGUCUAUUUAAAGUUUCUUUCAAACUUUGUUUUACUUUGUAAAAGUAUUUUAUAGUGGAAAAGAUGUAGAAGCGAAUAUGUAAUAUGAAACACCACUGUGUAUUAUCAGUACCGGCCACAGGUUAAAGCCAUAUUCCGUCCGUCCUUCUAUAUAUAUAUAUAUAUAUAUAUA